CUUUUUGAUGUAUCUUUCCUCGGUGGCGUUUUUGACUGUCAUUGGCAUCCGGGAUGCUCAAUCAAGUGGGCCGGAGACUUGUGAUCGCCACAUACCCCCAACUUUUCUGGCAUGAUCAUGGUCAAUCAAGUGUAAUGCUGAGGAUAAGCAGCUGAUCUCGGGUCAAUUGCACCAGUUCUCAGGGUCGAUUGCCCCACCCCCACUAUGCUAGAGCUCUCUCAUAGCUUCCAUGAGCUCAUCUCGCAGUAAGAGCUGUCCUGAGUCUCAACAUUAUCUCCGAGCCUUUCAGGGUCUUCGAUUGAUAUUUCUUGACAUUCCUCUCAGAACUGUUACCCUCAUUGUGUUCGCUUUCUACAUCUGAUCAAAAUGGCUACGUCUAUCGACUCUCACAAUGAGCUUCACCCUCACGUUGACCACUACAUCGGGAUCGAUGUUGGUACAGGCAGUGCCAGAGCGUGUAUCAUGAACGACCAGGGCGACAUUGUUGGACUGGCAUCAGAGAACAUUGGCCUUUGGCAACCACAGACUGGUUAUUAUGAACAAUCUACGACAGACAUCUGGCGCUGUAUUUGCUCUUCUGUCCGUCGAGCAAUGGACCAACACAACAUCGACCGAAACUCCAUUCGCGGCAUUGGUUUCGACGCUACUUGCUCGCUCACUGUCUUCUCGAAUGAUACAGACGAACCCAUCUCUGUCACUGGGCCCAACUUUGACAACAAAGAUGGCAACGACAGAAAUGUCGUCCUAUGGCUCGAUCACCGCCCUGUAGAAGAGACGAACAAGAUCAAUGCUACAGAUCACAACCUACUGCGAUAUGUUGGAGGCAAAAUGUCCAUUGAGAUGGAGAUCCCGAAGGUGCUAUGGCUCAAGAACAACAUGCCAAAGGAACUUUUCGAUCGCUGCAAGUUUUACGACUUGCCCGACGCGCUCACACAUAUGGCUACUGGAAACGAAACUCGAAGCUUCUGCAGCGUGGUUUGCAAGCAGGGUUUCGUCCCGGUUGGCGUAGAUGGAAGUGUCAAGGGCUGGCAAGAGGACUUCUUGAAAGAAAUUGGUCUUGGUGAGCUUUGUGAGGAUAACUUCAAGCGGAUGGGAGGUGUUGACGAUGUGAACGGGCGCUAUCUCACUGCCGGAGAGCUCGUGGGCACACUUAGCGAGAAGGCAGCUGCAGAAAUGGGCCUUGUACCUGGGAUUGCCGUCGGUAGUGGUGUCAUCGAUGCUUACGCUGGGUGGAUCGGUACCGUUGGUGCCAAAGUCAAGCUGGACGAAGACACUCUCGACAUGGGUGCCCCCAAGAACGACGUUUCCCAGGCUUUCACGCGUCUUGCUGCUGUAGCAGGAACGUCUACCUGUCAUCUUGCAAUGUCCCAUGAUCCUGUUUUCGUAGAUGGUGUUUGGGGACCAUACCGAGACGUCCUGCUACCCGGAUACUGGAUGGCAGAAGGUGGGCAAAGUGCAACAGGGGAGCUUCUCAAACACGUCAUCGAAACACAUCCUGCUUUCAAGGAGGCAACAUCUGUCGCAGAAACGUACAACACAAACAUCUAUGACUAUCUGAACGAGCAUCUGAACGAGAUGGCCGAGAAAGAGGACGCACCCCACAUUGCCUGGUUAGGACGCCACUUUUUCUUCUACGGCGAUCUGUUCGGAAACCGCUCUCCUGUCGCGGACCCCAACAUGAAAGGUUCCGCGAUUGGUCUGAGCUCGGACAAGAGCCUUGACGGACUGGCGCUGUAUUACUACGCUACGUUGGAGUUCAUUGCUCUGCAAACCCACCAGAUUGUGUCUGCCAUGAACAAGUCCGGUCAUGUCAUCUCCUCAAUCUUCAUGUCCGGAUCUCAGUGCCAGAACAAUCUGCUCAUGGCACUCAUCGCGACGGCAUGCGAUAUGCCUGUCCUCAUUCCACGCUAUGUGCACGCCGCUGUCGUUCACGGCGCAGCUAUGCUCGGCGCAAAGGCUGCGAGCACAGACAAGGAUGGUAACAGUGAGCCGCUCUGGGACAUCAUGGACAGACUCAGCAAGCCGGGUAAGACAGUCAAGCCGACUGCUGAUAAGAAUCUGCAGAAGCUCCUGGAGGCCAAGUACAAGGUUUUCUUGGAACAGUGUGAGGGCCAACAGAGGUAUAGGAGAGAGGUUGACUCGGCGAUUGAGGGCUGGACAAGCAAGUAGUAGAAACUUGGUGACUAUGAUGGGAAGGAUUAUGGAGCAAAGUCUCCAAAGACAAAAUUGGAAAUGGCAAGAUACCGAGAUGUGAAUCACUCAACUGCCACCUUUGUGCUUUCUUGUGCACGUUUGCCGGAGGAAUUAAUCCUAGAUGAAAAUCACCGUCAGAUAUUGGUCAUAAUCUGUUCCUUCCAGAUGAUGCGGCAGGCGCAGU